AUGUCAGGUGCUGGGGGAGGAAAGCGUCCCAUGGGCGGGGACAGCCCCCCUGGCCCACCUGAAAAGAAGAGCAAGAAGGAGGAGAAGACCACCACCACUCUGAUUGAACCCAUUCGAAUAGCUGGUGUCUCCUCAACGGAGGAAAUGGACAUGAAGGUAAUCCAGUUUAAAAACAAAAAGCUGUGUGAGCGUCUGGAGCAGAGGCAGGCGAUGGAGGACGAGCUGCGUGAGAAGAUAGAGAAACUGGAGAAGAGACAGGCCACCGAUGACACCACUCUACUCAUUGUCAAUCGCUACUGGUCACAGUUGGAGGAAAACAUGCAUGUUCUGCGAAAACAAAUAGAGCCAGCACCACCAGCCCCGGCUCCAAUCUCUGCUCCAGUCUCUGCUCUGGUUCCUGCUUCGGCUCCAAUGGAAGAAGAUGGCAUUAACCUGGUGUCACCAACUGCUUCUGCGCCUCUGCCUCCAUUGCCAGAAGGACUGAAUGUGACAGAGCAGCCGGAGCCACCACAAGAUGAACCCAAGGAGGAAACGCCACAUCAACCUCCGCCUCCCGAAUCAACAGGAGAACAAUCAGUGCCCAUGGAGCUGCAGCAAGCAGCAGAUCCACUUCCACCCCCUGUUCCAAUCAGUGAGAAUUCCAAGACAUUCCUUACAAUAUUGGAGCACAGCAGUGAGGAGGAGCUGUCACUCCAUCUUCAAGACCGUAUGAAGUUUAGCAAAGAUGUUGUUGGAAGCUUGGUGUGUGUCUUUGACAGACUACACAAUCGUAUCGAUGAUAUGUGCAAGAGGAUCCAGGCCGAAGGCAAGUGCCAAACCAUCUCCGACACACACCAUGUUUCCCAAGACGAUAUCCGGACUGAAACCUUGAAUUCAAAUCGAAAGCUCCACGAGGAGUGUGGGCGCCUCAGGGACGUGGCCACUCAUCUGCAAGGCAGACAUCAUAAGAUGUCGAUGGAGUACAAUGAGUGGGUAGAUAAAGUGACCAGUGCAGAGACCAAAGUGACGGAGAUGCAGACCACUGUAGAAGACUUACAGUGGGACACAGAGAAGCUGAGCAACAGGGAACAAAAGCUGAACAAGCAUCUGGCAGAAGCCAUGGAGCAGCUGAAGUCUGGAUACAGCAGCACUGGGAGCUCUGGAGUGUUACCUGGUGGCCAGAUCACUUUAAAUAUUCAGAAGUUUGAGAGUCUUAAUGCAGAGCUGGAGCACAACCAGGAGCUGGCAAACAGCCGAAUGGCAGAGUUGGAGAAGCUUCAGGUAGAGCUUCAAGAGGCCGUUCGAGAGAGUGAAAAACUCAAGAUGGAUCUGCGCAACAUUCCAGAGGAGGUUGUGAAGGAGACCACCGAAUACAAAUGCCUCCAGUCUCAGUUUUCGCUGCUGUACAAUGAAUCUCUCGGUGUGAAGACUCAGCUGGAUGAGGCCCGAGCCCUUCUGCUCACGGCCAAGAACGCCCACCUCCGUCAGAUCGAGCACAUGGAGAGCGACGAGUUAUCUCUUCAGAAGAAGCUGCGGACAGAGGUCAUUCAGCUCGAGGACACUUUGGCCCAGGUCCGCAAAGAAUAUGAGAUGCUUCGAAUUGAGUUUGAACAGAAUCUAGCUGCCAAUGAACAAGCAGGACCAAUCAACAGAGAAAUGCGACACUUGAUCAGCAGUCUACAGAACCACAACAUGCAGCUGAAAGGGGACGUGCAGCGCUUCAAACGGAAACUAAGAGAGACACAGAUGGAGAUCAAUAAGUUGCGCUGCCAGAGCGGAGACACCGGGGUCCUCAUCCUCGAGGACAGCACGUCCGACAGCAGCGACGUCAAGAAGGAGGAGGAGGACGACCAGGAGGAAGAGGAGGAGCGGAGGAAAGAGCUGGAGAGACAGCGGGCGAGAGAGCGGGAGCGAGAGAGGGAGGUGGAGCGAGAGAGAGAGAGGGAGAGGGAGCGGGAGAGACAGCGCAGCGACGAACUCAAGAGGAACUCCGACACGUUGAAGAUGCUCCGAGUGGAUCUCAAAAAAGCUCAGGAGUCCCAGAAGGAGAUGAAGCUGUUAUUGGACAUGUACAAAUCUGCUCCAAAGGAACAAAGGGACAAAGUGCAGCUGAUGGCGGCCGAGCGCAAGUCCAAAGCAGAGGUGGAGGAGCUGCGGAUGCGCGUGCGUGAUCUCGAGGAAAGAGAGAGAAAGGAGAGUAAGAAAUUGGCCGACGAAGAUGCGCUGAGGAAGAUCCGAGUGGCUGAGGAGAUGAUAGAGCAUCUCCAGAAGAAACUGGCUGCGACUAAACAGGAGGAAGAGAACCUGUUGAGUGAGAUGGACGUGACGGGCCAGGCGUUCGAGGACAUGCAGGAGCAGAACAGCAGACUCCUGCAGCAGCUACGGGAAAAGGACGACGCCAACUUCAAACUCAUGAGCGAGAGAAUCAAAUCAAACCAAAUCUACAAAUUACUGAAGGAGGAGAAGGAGGAGCUGGCAGACCAGGUCCUCACUUUUAAAACCCAGGUGGACGCACAGCUGCUGGUGGUGCAGAAGCUGGAGGAGAAGGAGGGCGUUCUCCAGAGCACGCUGGCGGCGCUGGAGAAGGAGCUGGCCGUGCGCACACAGGCUCUGGAGCUCAACAAGAGGAAGGCGGUGGAGGCGGCGCAGCUGGCAGAGGACUUGAAGGUGCAGCUGGAGCACACUCAGGCCAAGCUCAAAGAGAUCCAGGUUUCUGUGGCCGAGAACCGCUCUGCGAGAGAGCGGGAGAGCAGCAACCUGAAGAGAGCUCAGGAGGAUCUGUCACGGCUCAGGAGGAAACUGGAGAAACAGAAGAAAGUGGAGGUCUACUCUGAUGCAGACGAGAUUUUACAAGAGGAGAUUAAUCAGUAUAAGGCCAAGCUGAGGUGUCCCUGCUGCAACAUGCGAGAUAAGGAGACCGUUCUCACAAAGUGUUUCCACGUUUUCUGCUACGAGUGCCUGAAGAUGCGCUACGACACGCGGCAGAGAAAGUGCCCCAAGUGCAACUGUGCCUUCGGAGCCAAUGACUUUCACCGCAUCUACAUCACCUGA